AUGCCGACGUUCGAUGUUGUUAUCCUCGGUGCGACGGGCUUUACCGGGCAAUGGGUCGUUAAUUAUUUCAAUACUGUUGAUAUUUCGUCCGUUGAUACAAUCGAACGCGCUGUAAGAGAAGCAAAGCUCGUGUUGAAUUGUACUGGUCCGUACAGACUUCUUGGAGAACCGGUUGUGAAAGCUUGCGUCGAAAACGGAGUUGACUAUCUUGAUAUCUCCGGCGAACCGGAGUUCAUUGAAGCUAUGGAGCUCAGAUACAACGAAAGCGCCCGUCAAUCAGGAUCAAUUGUGAUCUCUGCUUGUGGAUUUGACUCCAUUCCUUCUGAGAUUGGACUCAAUUUCCUCCGUGAUAACUUUGGAGGAGAACUUCAUCAAGCUGAAGCUUUUCUGAACAUAAAUCCAGCUCCUGGAUACUGCGGGCAUGCCACGACCUGGGAUUGCGCCGUGAUGGGCUUUGGUAGCCAGGAUGCGCUGAAAGCACUUCGAGCACUGAGAAAAGCCCCAAGAAUUGAGUACAAGGGCAAAAGAUCUCAAGCCCGGAGUUUCGGUGCAAAGAUUAAUAAUAUCCCCGCACUAAAUGGCAACCGAACGAUCCCCUUCCCAGGAUCUGAUGCUUCGAUUGUUCGAAGGAGUCAACAAGGAUUUGCCCUCCGCGAUAAAACUCCGGUUCGAUUUUCUAUUUACGCUGUAGUAGGAUCUAUUGCGUCGCUCAUUGGUAUCUCUUUUACUGGUUUCUGCCUGAGCCUGUUCUCGCGAUUUUCGUCGGGGCAAUCCUUACUGAUGAAGUUUGCUGAAUUUUUUACUUUUGGUGCUUUUUCGAGAAAAGGGCCACCAAAAGAAUCUAUCGCCGAUACAUCGUUUGACGUCACAUUCCUCGGACAGGGAGUUGGCGAAGACGAUUCGCCUCUGACCAAAAUUGCCAAAGUCUCUGGUCCCGAGCCUGGUUACGACGCUACAUCAAAAAUUCUCGUUUCUUGUGCUCUCACACUUCUGGAAGAGCGAGCGAAAGUCAAGGAAAAUCUCGGAGAUCAAGGAGGAGUAUCAACAAGCGCGCUUGCUUUUGAUGGAACGAACAUUGUAAGAAAUCUCCAAGAUGCUGGACUUUGCUUUGAAAUCAAUUAG